AUGGGUGGUGGUGGUGGUGAAGAGAGCAGCGAGAGCUUAGUCGCCGGCAGAGAGAAGUGGGAACGCAGUGCACGUCUGCGUGUCGCGUCGCGGGGCGCAAGUGCAGAGCGAGUGCGCGGGCUGCAGACGGACUCGCGCGGCGCGGCGGCCGUCCCCGCCUGGCGCGGCCAUCGAGCGGCCGCGAGGCGAGCGGACGAGGCGGAGCGCGAGCGGCGACUGCUGCUGCAGGGAAGGCUGGACCCCGCGGCGCUCGCGGCCAGCGACAACCCGGCGCCCGCGCUGGCGCUGCGCCUCUCGCAGCUCAGCCGCUGGCUCACCGACGACCCUGCCAGGACGCAGGAGGCAAAGCGGCGCUUCAACCGGCAGCAACGAGGCCAGGCCCAGCGUGCAGGCAGGCAGCAGCAGCAGCAGCAGCAGCAUCAGCUGGAGGAUCAGCAGCAGCAGCAGGCAGAGGAGGGCGACAGCUGGGAGAUGGGGCCCUCGUGCGACGCGCCGUCGCGCCAGCUGUCGGCCACGGAGGAGCCCCCUGACGGCGGAGAACGCCGCAAGAGCCGCCAGCAGGGGCGGGCGGACAGCGGCGCCGGCGACGAAGAAGACAGCUGCUUCACGCAGGCCGACUACGAGCGCCUCAAGUACGAGGCGCCGCUCGUCAAGCAGCUGCGCUCGCUCGAGACUCUGGACGAGAUGUACUCGCUGGCGGAAGAGAUCGUGGGCCCUCUGAGGCCGGUGCGGGCAGCCAAGACGGCCAAGGGCGCCUUCUGAGAGCCACACCGCCACGAAGCCGCUCCGCGCCUUCCAAAGCUGACCCGCUGCUCACCUGCUUGCUAGUGGUCCACGACGCCGCCAAUAUCUGCAUCACCAUAGUUUAGCGAGGGCACACACUGCGUGCGCAUCCUGCGCAUGGCAGUUUGUCAACACGAAUGUUAGUCUGGUUAUCCGAUGGUCACUCAGAGGGUACUUGGUCAAUGAGUAGGGUCAAGCUGGGUCAGCUGGCGAACGUUUUGUUUGGGUAUUUUUCCUGACGUAGUAUUUGUUGCUAUGGACUAGAUUUUGGCAAAAUCCUGUUACAACAGUCUGCUUAAUGUAAUAUUUUUAAAGCUCCAUAUCGUGAAACUGUAAAUUAAAAAUGCGGUUGUUACAAAAAUAUUGGUCAUGUUGUCUCAUGCAGCGUCGAAGUGAAUUGACAAAGAUGUCGCGUAGUAUUAUAAACUAAGCCAAUGAUUUAAUUCAUCGACCUAGAAUCGAACAGCUGUUUCAUGUGUUGAUCACUUAAAAAACGAAACACAUUGAACGUAAGACCAAAGAAUACCUUAACUUGCUAAUAUGUCAAGAACAUUACACCACUAUAAACUUUAUU